UGCGCAUGCGUGGACCGAUCAAUAGUUCUGCAGACAUAUGCUUCUCGGACCGAUCGAGUCUUCCUGAACCUGUCGUGUCUUGUCGUGACAGUACAACGAGUACUACCUGGUACCUGGCCGUCAUGUCUGCUUACAUUCUGGGUUUGGAUUUGGGAACCACAUCGAUUAAAGCAGUUUUACUAGAAAAACAGACCAGGGCGGUUGCUGCAAGUCAGAGUUUACCAUCUGCUUCUGAUAUUGCAGAUUUUAGCGGCAUAAAAGCCAAGGAGCAGGACACUGGACGGAUUGUGGACACUCUCAACCGCUGCAUUGGACUUCUGCCGAGAGACAAACUGCAGAAUGUGGCCAAGAUUGGAGUAUCAGGACAAAUGCACGGUGUUUUAUUUUGGAAAGCUAAGAGCGGUUGUGAUUGGUCCAAUGGCAACUUCAUCACAGCCGGUCACGUCAGUCAGCUGAUUACCUGGCAAGAUGGCCGAUGCAGCAACACUUUCCUGUCUUCCCUUCCGAAACCGGACUCGCAUCUCAGCGUAUCCACAGGAUUUGGUUGUGCAACAAUCUUUUGGUUCAUGAAACACAGGCCCGAGUUCCUCAAGGACUUCACAGUUUCAGGUACUAUCCAAGACUAUGUGGUAGCCAUGUUGUGUGGCUUGGACAGAUGUGUCAUGACGCCUCAGAAUGCAGCCAGCUGGGGUUUCUACAACACAUCUACCAGCAUGUGGAAUGUGGAUAUUCUGAAUGCCACAGGCUUCCCUUUGCACCUGCUACCUCAGUGUGUCCCUUCUGGUGAGCUGGUGGGUCACACAUGUCAUGACUGGCAUGGCAUCCCUGCUGGUACGCCAGUAGGGGGCGCUCUUGGAGACUUACAGUGCGCUGUCUACUCCUGCCUGAGUGCAAAGACUGAUGCAGUUUUUAACAUAAGCACCUCAGCACAGUUGACAUUCGUUAUGCCAGCUGACUUCAAACCUCCCGACUUUCCUCAGCCGCACUCCCCCACCACAUUCUUCCCGUACUUUGGCUGCUCGUACUUGGUGGUGGCCGCGUCACUCAAUGGAGGCAACGUGCUGGCCACGUUUGUGCAGAUGCUCACUGGCUGGAUGAAAGAGCUUGGCGUGGAGCUGAGUGAUCAGUCUCUCUAUGAGAAGAUGAUUCAAUGCGCGCUGAACCAAGAAAGCAGCGACCUCCAAGUGUUUCCGACCAUCCUGGGAGAAAGACACGCCCCUUUCUGUCUGGGUCAGAUGAACAACAUCUCUACAUCCAACCUUUCUCUGGGUCACGUGACGAGAGCGGUAUGCCGCGGUAUCGUGGAUAACAUCUGCGCCAUGAUGCCCGCGGAGCAUCUGCGACAGGCGGGGAUCAGCAGGAUUGUGGGAAGCGGGAGCGCCAUCACUCGCAAUGAGGUUCUCAGACAGGAAGUGGAGAGAGCGUUCACUCAGUCUGUGAUAUACAGACAAAAUGCUGACUCUGCUGUGGGUGUGGCUUUGGUCUUCUGUGACUGACUUGGAUCCACUGAGGAUGCUUGUGUCUGAGUGACAUCUUUCUUGUCAAGCUGGGAAACUAGUGGUUUUGUUUAAUCGAAGGGUUAAAUGGGCUAACGCAUUGGUCUUUUUUUAAUCUAUGGCACAUUCUAGAAAAAAAUUCAAUACGGACCACAUAAUAGUGUGAAAGAGUAUAUAAAAUAGAACAGGUAAGGAAAAAUAUUUGUAUGGCAUAUAUUGCAAUACUUUUUCCAAUGAUAAAAUAUAGAUUUAAAUUUAUAUCGAUUGAAUUUUUCUUUAGUAGUGUUCCGGGCCAAUUGUAAUGCGCACCUCUGCGCCGCAAAGUGUCUGUGCACUGCUACCUGACUGUGCAGGGUAAGUGAUGAGCAAGGCAGUACCAUAAGCUGACAGCAGGCCUGGAAUUUUGUCAUUUUAGGGGAAAAACCACUUGGCUUUUGGUGUCAUCAACCUUUUGAGGGCCAUCCAUUUCUUCCGCUUAUCCGAGGUCGGGUCGCGGGGGCAGCAGCCUAAGCAGAGAAGCCCAGACUUCCCUCUCCCCAGCCACUUCGUCCAGCUCCUUCCGGGGAUCCCGAGGCGUUCCCAGACAAGUCAGGAGACAUAGUCUUCCCAACGUGUCCUGGGUCUUCCCCGUGGUCGGACGUGCCAUAAACACCUCCCCAGGGAGGCGUCCGGGUGGCAUCCUGACCAGAUGCCCGAACCACCUCAUCUGGAUUUUCUCGAUAUGGAGGAGCAGCGGCUUUACUUUAAGCUCCUCCCGGAUGACACCCUAUCUUUAAGUGAGAGCCCCGCCACUCGAUGAAGGAAACUCAUUUCAGUGCUUGUGUACUGAUGUUAAAGACUAUAUACACUUUAUUACACAUGUACCAUAUCACUAUAUCCAUGAUUAAAUGCUUUAUAAUUCCAUGACAGUUUUGCAGCGGUACACGCACAUCCAUGUGCUUUAUAUAGACACUUCAACAUGCAAAAGGGUUUCGUUAGUGCAUGCUGAUUUUAGAAGUAAUGUACACUUCACAGCACAUGUAAUACAUCACCAUGUUGCUCAACAUGUUAUAAUUCUAUCAGUGUUGGGUUUCAGCAGCACAGGGGUGCAUUCGCUCUUUAAUAAUGUUCCCAGGAUUCUGUGUACGUGCAGGCAGGUUUUAAAGAUAAUGUACAUGUGAUUUUACGUCUAAAGUCGAUCAAAAUAAACGUAAUAGGAAGUGUAAUGCCACCAAGUCAGAUAUUGCUGCUUUUUUCAGGCUUCUGAUUGGACAAAAUGUGCAUGACAACAGGAGUCCGCGUUUGUAUGUAGACAUAGACACUUUUGAAACUACACUUGUGUGGAUGGAGAUUGUCUUAACCCCAAAUAAGUGUUUUUGAAACUCUCCGUGUUUGUGUGGACAUGGCCUACACAUCAGUGCGCUUUUUAAAAUUUUUUUUUACUAUUGCCUUGUACCUAAUAAAGGGACCUUCUGCAUGCACAUCGCCUACCUUCUCUGCAUUACUCAUGCUUCUCAUCAUCUGCAGACAGGAAGUGGCAUGUUGCUAGCUGCACAUACACACACGCGCAUGCACGCAUACACACAACGAAACUGAACA